UAAGUUUAAAGUUAGCUCAGAGUUAGCCCAGUUAGGGCUCUUAGCUGAGCCACAAGUCGAAUUUGAAUGGAAUCAAUUAAAUUUCUUUAAAGUACCGUCAAUAUUAAAACAGAAAUGCCAUUACCAAGUGGAAGCAAAGAACCGGACGACAGUCAAACAUGGGAAUUAGCAGAAAGAUGCAUCCUCCCCAUUGCAUUCUCACAUGCAAUUGCAGUCAUUUUAGCAACAAUACUUAACACGUUGUGUAUAUCUCAAACCUCCAGUUUUGUGCUUUUCCUCUUAUUAUUGGUCAUAUCCAUAGGAUCCACGCUAUUUUACCAUAACUUAAAGGUAACUGCUGCAGGGAAGGCAGUUCUUAUUACAGGAUGCGAGUCGAGAGUUGGAUAUACUUUAAGCAAACAGUUAGAUGAAUUGGGAUUUACAGUUUUCGCUGGUUUUAACACAAAGGAUGGAAAUGAGGAAGCAAUGCAGAAAUUGAAGCAAGAAGCAUCUGGCAGAUUACGUAUAUUGCAAUUAGAUGUUACUAGUGAACAUGACAUUCAUACGAUAUUUCUUUAUGUAAAUGAGAACUUGCCAGAUGGUGCACCAGGUUUAUGGGCAUUGGUACAUGCUGCUGCUUGGGUAACUUUAGGUGAAUGCGAAUGGGUACCUCCCUCUGUAUUAAAACGCAGUAUAGAUAUUAACUUCAUUGGCCUUGCUAGAUUAACUCAGGUCUUUUUACCUCUGAUCAGAAGAUCAAAAGGACGUGUGGUUCUGGUUAGCAGUCUUCUAGCUCGUAUACCAAGCCCUGUUAGAGGCAUUUACUGUGCACUUAAGGCUGCAAUUGAAGCUUGGGGAGCUUGCCUUAGAUUAGAAAUGAGAAGAUGGGGUGUAGACGUGGUUAUUGUUGAAACCAGCGAAUACAUAUCUGGCAAUGCUUGGUUAAAAGACAAUAAUUCAUUAUUGGAACAAGCCAGAGAGAUGUGGACUCAAUUAGAUCCUCAAACCCGUAAAGAGUAUGGACAAGAAUUGUUUCAGAAAGAAAUGUUAGCUCUUGAAAAGUACACGCAAGGACCAGAAGCAGAUUUAACACCAGUAACCAGGGCUUUAACGGACGGUGUGGUGAAAACUUUUCCAAUGAGAAGGUAUACGCCGGUAUCACGGAAAGAACGAAUACAGGCAAUAUGUAGCGAUUAUCUUCCAAAACCAGUUUACGAUAUAUUAUAUACGAAUUGAACAAAGAUCUGAAGAUACGAGUAAUCACAGAUAAAGAGUCAACGGUGUUAUUCAAAAUUUAAUAACCACUGCCUGUUAAUCAAUUAUUCA